GUGACGCAUGAAUGUUGUGUCUGCGAGGAUGAUGGCGGACUCAGUAGCGACUGGCCUUGCGGACGAAAAUGAGACCGAAAAUGAGGAUAAAGAGAGGGAGAAACGACUCUUCAGAGAGACGAAGGAACAAGCCGCAUCAGACCUCACAGAAACUCUGGGAUUUUACGAGAGGAAGGCGAAAUACAAAGAGAGAAAGAGCAAUGUGUCAGAUCUCUCUCUGGUGAGGUUUAUCAGUGCUGAGUUGACUAGAGGAUAUUUUCUGGAACACAAUGAGGCUAAAUACACCGAGCGGAGAGAGAAGGUCUACACCUGCCUGCGUAUCCCGAAAGAACUGGAGAAGCUGAUGAUGUUUGGGUUUUUCCUGUGUCUGGAUGUGUUUCUGUACGUGUUCACUCUGCUGCCUCUCAGAGUGUUGCUAGCCUUGGUCCGACUGCUGACACUGCCCUGCUGUGGCCUCAGGGCUAGUAUAUGCCCCUACUGCAAAAAGAGCAGUGGAUCUCGUAUCUUGCAGCCCGCUCAGGUGUGUGAUGUUCUGAAGGGUGUCAUUAUGAUCCUGUGUUAUUUCAUGAUGCAUUAUGUGGAUUAUUCCAUGAUGUACCACAUGAUCCGGGGUCAGUCUGUCAUAAAACUCUACAUCAUCUACAACAUGCUGGAGGUGGCAGAUCGCUUGUUUUCAUCUUUCGGACAGGAUAUUCUGGAUGCUUUGUACUGGACUGCCACUGAACCGAAAGAGAGGAAGAGAGCUCAUAUAGGAGUCAUCCCACAUUUCUUCAUGGCUGUUCUCUACGUCUUUAUGCAUGCCAUUCUGAUUAUGGUUCAGGCCACCACACUGAAUGUGGCUUUCAAUUCACAUAACAAGUCGCUGCUUACCAUCAUGAUGUCUAAUAAUUUUGUUGAGAUCAAAGGAAGCGUAUUCAAGAAAUUUGAGAAAAACAACCUCUUCCAGAUGUCUAAUAGCGACAUUAAAGAAAGAUUUACAAACUACAUACUCUUACUAAUCGUCUGUCUCAGAAACAUGGAGCAGUUCUCCUGGAACCCAGAUCAUCUAUGGGUGUUGUUUCCUGAUGUUUGUAUGGUGAUCGCUUCAGAAAUUGCAGUGGACGUUGUCAAACAUGCCUUCAUCACCAAGUUUAACGACAUCACGGCAGAUGUCUACAGUGAAUACAGAGCAAGCUUGGCAUUUGAUCUGGUCAGCAGCAGACAGAAGAAUGCAUACACAGACUACAGUGACAGUGUGUCCAGGAGGAUGGGCUUCAUUCCUCUUCCUCUUGCACUAGUGUUGAUCCGAGUGGUGACCAGUUCUGUGAAGAUCCAGGGAUCUCUGUCCAUUGUGUGUGUUGUGCUCUUCUGCCUGGGUAUGAUCACCCUGAAGGUGCUGAACAGUAUUGUGUUGUUGGGGAAAUCCUGUAAGUACGUGAAAGAGGCCAAUAUGGAGGAGAAGCUGUUCCAGAACCCUCCCUCUGCAGCUCCCAGCAGAGCGUCAAGCAGAGCCCAUAGAACCAAACACACACGAGAACCAGCAGGUGAGCCAGAGGAGGAGGGCUUGUCUGCAUCAGUCACCACUCAGCCCAGCCGAAGUGACGAAUGCCCCGCCCCUCAGCUCCCCACCAGCCAAUCAGAUCAGUUCCUCACUACACCAGAUGAAUCAGAAGAGAAAAGCCUUAUUCAGGACGAUACCGAACUUAAACACAGGGCGCCUGAUAAAGACUUACUGGAGAUUGAUCGCUUUACUAUCUGCGGGAACCGUAUCGACUGACGUUGAUGUGUGUGAGAGUGACGCCAGGUUUGCACUGAAUGCCCGCCCUCUCUGCUAGCUGGAUUUGUUUGACAUUUGAGCUCGUUGGAUUGGGACAGCGAGAAACUGCAGGAUAUUUAUUAACAAGUGAUGCACCUAAUUUAUUUAAGACUUCAACACAGACGGUCAAACACAGUUUUACCCAUCUGGAAUCCACCGGGUGAUGUUUUCAAGAGGUUGGAGAUCAGCGGGGGACGGCGGGGUGUAUCUUGGUCUGAUGGUCGCUGUGCUUACCUUAGGAAGCUUUGAAUGAGAAAAGGGAUGGAUUACAUUCCCAAAUCACAGAUUCUGAAGAUUUCAUACAUAUGUGUGGAACUAAAUAGGAUGCAAAUAGUCCAAAAAUGUAAAAUGCAGUGCUCCAAAACAAAUGACAGAAAUGCUUAAGUUUGUUUUUUCUCUAUUUGCACGCUACAGUUCUCCAAUUCCCUCAAAGACUUUUAGUUUGAAAGAUAACCAUGUUCAUUGAUGCUCAGUACUGAAAUGUAACUACAGAUGUCUUUUGCUAAUUGUUUUGUUUUUUUGUAUCUUUGAGACAGCAGGCUAAAAUCCCAUAUCACGUUUGUUUAGUUAUUUAUGUUUUCAAGACAGUUGCUCAUCUAUGACUAAAUUUCAGUUUAAAGACAGGGUUACCGAUUACAAUUUAUCAUUUUAUUUUAUUUUUUGCAUCAUUUGAGGAUAUGACCUUUUAAAAGGCCAUUGUGAAACACAUGCCUUUGAAUUUUGGAUUGAUUAAAACGCUGCAUCUAAAUGAAAGGAUCAUUGAUUAAUGCAAGAUAUUCGCAUGGAAUCUAAAAUGAAGGAAUUAAAUAUUUGGAAGUCAGUUUGUCCCCCGCAAGCGUUUGAACAGAGAGUAAAGUAUCAGAUGAAUUGAUACUAAAUAGUCAAUUAGCAACAUUCCAAACGUCAGAAUCUUGACCAAAGCAAUGCUGAAUUUACAGCCUUUUGCUAAUAUCUUGGGUUUUUACAGGUCAAUGAGCUUCAGAAUCCAGUAAUGUAAGCUAGUAACAAUGAGUCAAUGUUUCAGAAUAACCAACUUAUCAGUCAAUACACAUGAUAGUAACAAUGCAUCAUGUAUAGUGCGUUAUCAUCAUAGACAGUAAUGUUUUGCACAUUUGAUUUGCAUAACAGACCACAUUUUUGUGAAUCACUUAUGUCUCUUUGUAGAGCUGGAUGUCAGAAUUUAAGUUUUUGUUUUCUCUCUCAGUAAUGACAAUGAUGUUUUUUUAUAACAUUUAUUUUCUUUACUGCUUUUGGCAUUUGUAUUUCUUGUGUUACAAAUGUGUGGCUAUAAUCGCUUUGCGUUGUAACAUUAUCAUGGUGGCAUUUAGUCUGACACUUCACACUCGAGUCAUCAUGUCAAAAAGGUGCUCAGUUUUUCAAAAAAAAAAAAGGUUUGAUUUUAAUGAUCAUUUAGGAAGAUUAUUACGUGAAAAUAUCAACUAUGCCAAGGAAUUGUUUACCCUCCGUUGUCAAACUAAUGCAAACUCUGAUUCACAUUUUUCAAAACCUUUGCAUUCACUUUAACUUUCAAAAUGAUAUCAGCGAGUGUUUCUCAUUGUUUUUACAUUUGAAACACUUGGUGUUAAAGAUACUUCUGCUUAUUUUUGAAAGAAAGAAAGAAUUUUAAGCAGAUGUUUGGUUCUGUUGUGCUUUUCAGUGUGAUUGCCUGUGCUUUCCCGUAGGUUCAGCCGCCUUUUGGCUCUUGAAAUAAAGCUGAAGUGUAGAUGUGCUGGAUAUAGCUCAGUAUGGCUCAAAAGGGUGAUUUUGCUUGAUUGAACCAUUCUAAUUCAUACUCAUAUCCAUUUAUUUGGAAAUGCAUUAAGAUCCAGCCAUCCCGCUCUUUCCAGACUGCCGUUUUCUCUCAUUGGUCGAUAACAGUUUGUUGUUUUCGGUGUGUUUUUGUACCCAUAUUAACUCCAGCCUCUAGAAACUGAAGAGGAAUGAUCCCUUGUAUGUUUCAGAGACAGAAUUGGGGAGAGGAAUCAGGGCAUUGUGUUAAUUAAAGUUUUGUUCUUUUUCUA